ACCUUCCGAUUUUUUUUUGUGUGUUCCACCUUUUUCAUGCCUUUCUGCAUGCGAGGUCUUCCUUUCAUGCGCGUUCACCAGGUUUCUGUUCUACCAUUUUUUGGACACUUCCAUGAUAGAUCUAUAUCAAACUCCAUGUUAUGCACGAUUUAUGUCGAAGCCAUUAGAUCUAGAGCGAAAUCCAUGUUGUUUCAUAAGAAGGAUUUCCUUGUUCCCUAGAUAGUUGUUUCUUGAUGCAAAUUGAACUUACUGCCAUGUCUAGUCCUAUGUUCAGCAGUUUUCAUGUCAGCUUAUCGGUUACUGUAGCUUGUUUACUAGUAUAUUUACACCUCACCCCAGUAAAAAAUACGUAUGAUAAUCAUAUAUACAGAUCUAUUGAAGAAAGGCUGUUUUUAUCGAGAGCAAUUCUACAACCAAUGUGUUAGACUAUAUUUAGUUAGUUUCUAUCUCCCGAUUGGUUGAGAUUGUUUCCUAUUUUCUAGGACUUGCUCCAAUCCCACCGGUGUUGUUCCAUAAACCGUGUUGGCUGAUUUGGUAUGCGUCCAGCUAUAUAUGUAAUUUAUGCACCACUGUUCCCAUCUAUCGCGAUUAUUUGCGCAAUCAUGGUAUCACAGACUAUUCCAUUCCUGCGACCUCCCGCCCACCAUCCCUAGAUCGCCGCCACCGCCCAUGAUGCCCGCCGGCGACGUUGCCACGCACGCUGCCGAGGAGGCGAAACGCGCUACCGCGGAGGAGGCCAAACGUGUUGCUGAUUCUGAUGCUGCACGUCUGCCUGCUGAAGAGGCCGAACGCCUCCUUUCAGCUGAGGCUAAACAUCUUCGUCAAGCCGCAGAACUCGCGUGCCAGGAUGAGGAACUGCGCCGGGCCUAUGUCGCUCAGGCUAGCACGGCCCUUCAUGCGCAGGCCAUCGCUGUUCCUAACAUCAAGGCGCUCGUCCCGAUCGUCCUCGACCAAGCUUCUACACAAUACAGCAUGUGGCAUGGCCUCGUCCUCAAUACGCUCGUCAAGUACGAGUUGGACGAUCACGUUCUGUCCGAAGACGACCCCGACCCUGAUGAUGCUGACUGGAAGCGGAUGGAUUGCACAGUGCGGUCGUGGCUAUUCGGCACCAUAUCCUCGGACCUUCUCGAGAUGGUCAUGACGUCCGGCUGCACUGCUCGCACCAUCUGGACGGGCCUCGAGCAACACUUCCUUGGAAGUUAUUGAGCGCAUCGGCAUGUCAGACUGCAAGCCCUGUACUACACCUAUUGAUACAAGCUCCAAGGGAAAGAGUACAAUGAAUGACCCAGAGGCCAAUGCUCCUCCCAAGAAUGAAACAGAGGAACAGCUAAGGCAGGCAACAAAGAAAAUGCUGAAGAGUGUGAUCUCACUAGCUCAAACCUUCAUUGCCAUUGCCACUAGUAUCCUCACUGCAGCAUUCUCAGUGCGCAAAGAUGUCAACUUGCACCGGCACGUCCUGAUGGCCGGCGGUUGUUUCCUGGUCAUUGCAUAUCUGUCUGCUCUCGUGCUGGUCUACUUGAAAUUGUUCUUGUCAGAACACAGGCAGCUGCACAUGUGGCACAUCCGGUUCAUCCAGCUGCUCUGCGUCACCAGCGGCGCCGCGCUGAUCGCGACGAACUCCCUGCUUCUGGUCCUCAUCAGCGAAGGCAAUGGCUUGCUCUCGCUCAACCUGCUGCCCAUACAGGGCAUCGUUGGCAUGCUGGCGUACCUCGCGACGCCGACGGAGGACAGCAUGCGCGACGAGGUGUUCGAAGCGGGGAUCAAGAGUGGCCGCAAGGUCGCUCUGUUCGCCACGGCGACGGCCUUCGCCGUGCAGGCCACCCUCGUCUUCGGCUACUUCAACAACUCCAGCUUCCGGGCGCUGGGUCACCGGUUCGACAUCUCGGUGUCCUUCCUGGCGUCAGCGCUUAGCGUAUUCUUGGUCGUGGCCACCUGCAUGCCGCUCGGGUACAGGACCGAGGCUGCGAGGGACAAGGUGCUGUCCAUCGUGAGGUACCUGAAGGACGCCGUCAUCGCCAUGCUUGCGGUCACCGCGGUGACUCUCGGCAAGGAGUUUCUCGGUGGCGACACCGUGCUCGCGCUCGUCCCGGAGACCACCGUAGCAGCCAUGUAUUACGCUGUGGCCCUGUUUUCUGACGAGAAGGCUGCCGCGCAGGACCAGCGUGACGCCGCGGAGCACAAGAUGGAGAUGUUGCCGACCGCCGUCGUGGCCACGUUCGGCUUCGGCAUGCUGGGCGCGGCCUACGCCACGCUGCUCGGCACGGGGGAGUACGACCUGUACACGAAGGCCCUGGUGUUAACCUUGCUCGCCGCCGUCGUCUCCAGCCUGGGGCGGGUGGCGGGGCCGCUCAGCGGCUCCCGGCGUGACAAGAACGUAGCGACGUGGGUGGUGUUCCUGGGCAACAUCCUCCCCAUCGUGGAGAUGCUGGUGGCCGUCCCGCUCGCCGCGGACGUCGUCAUCAAUAUCCUCCCCGUCUCCUAGCACUGUCAAAUGAUGAACACGAUGUUGUUGUAUCUGUUAAGAUUUUCUGACCUGUUUCUGGAGAUGUCUUGUACGUAUGGAGAUUGGUAGCCUGCUCUACUGUAACUUUAUUUUCACACACGACUUGGCAUGGAAAUGUAAAGUAACCUUAUGAGAUGUGGUCUCCUGUAUUUAAGGGUUAGAUGCAAUUUAUAGUGUGAUACGUGAUAUUUUAUUUUC